AUGCACGAGACGUUGUUUCCCUUGCACGUUGUCUUGGCAGACCGUUGGGAGCACGAGCGCGCACUGGAGCGACUUUGUCGCGUCAGUGCGACAAUGAAUUUAACAACGGUGGUAGAAGUGCAGGUGCAGGUGGUGUUUGUGACCAUCGUACCCGCAGCCCUGUUGAAAGAAGAGCACGAAGUGCGCAAAGGCAGUGCGAACCGACCAACAUCGUGA